AUGGGAAAGGGAAUCCUUGAACGAUUAGAUGAAGGAGUCAUUAUUGGUGAUGGAGGCUUUGUCGUCGCUUUAGAAAAGCGUGGUUAUGUUCAGGCCGGCCCAUGGACACCAGAAGCUGUUAUCGAGCAUCCAGAAGCAGUACUAGAGUUACAUCGUGAAUUUUUAAGAGCUGGCUCCGAUGUCAUGCAAUGCUUUACAUUUUAUGCUAGCGAAGAUAAAUUGACGGUUCGAGGCAACAAGGCUGGUCGUCAUGGGUCUACCAACAUAAAUGAAGCUGCUUGCUUACUUGCACGCGAAGUUGCUAAUGAAGGUGAUGCAUUGAUUGCUGGUGGUAUGAGUCAAACUCCUACAUAUGCAGAAGGUGGAAGCAAAGAAGCCGUUCAAGAACAUUUUCAGAAGCAGGCAGAUGCUUUUACCAAAUGCGGCGUUGAUUUCUUGAUAUGUGAGUAUUUUGAACACGCUGAAGAAGCAUGUUGGGCUGUUGAAAUUUGUAAGAAAACAGGCUUGGCUGUUGCUGCUACUUUAUGCAUUAAUAAGGAAGGAGACGUCGAUGGAGUUCCAACGUCUGAAUGUGCUGUCAGACUUGCAAAUGCUGGAGCUGAUAUCAUUGGUAUCAACUGCAAUUUCGAUCCGGAUACUGUACUAGCUGGAGUACGAGAAAUGAAAAGAGGCUUAGAAGAAGCUGGCUUGAAACGGCAUUUAAUAACUCAACCGUUAGGCUAUAGAACUCCAGAUGCAAACAAACAUGGAUUCGUCGAUAUCCCUGAAUUUCCUUUCGCUAUGGAACCACGCACGUUGACUAGAUGGGAUUGUCACCGUUAUGCUAGAGAAGCUUACGAUUUAGGAGUCCGAUAUAUCGGUGCCUGCUGUGGAUUUGAGCCGUACCAUGUCCGAGCAAUAGCUGAAGAGCUAGUUACUGAGCGGGGGGGUAAAUUGCCGCUUGCCAGUGAAAAGCAUGAAAUGUGGGGAGGAGGUUUAAAAUUACAUACUAAACCUUGGGUUCGCGCUAGGGCUUCUCGCGAAUACUGGGAAAACUUGCGUCCUGCUACUGGGCGACCAGAAUGCCCUGCGUACUCGAAACCUAGUUCUCACGAUAUCACUGAUUAACGAAGUACCGGAUGACUAGAGCAUGAAUCAAAUUAGCAGUACUAAGAUUAAUCUUGCAACUGCUAGUUAUAGAUUAUCAUGUCGCACCAGUAAUACUGUAAAUGAAGGCUUUGACUAUUACGAUGUUUUAGAUAUAAAUGGAUUCAUCAUUUAUAUCUAAAGGCUUUCUUAUUACGGUACAAGUUUUGUUACGGAAAUGUGACGGCAAAUGCAUAUAUCUUAGUUACUUUUAUGGUUUAGUCCUUGUAGUGUGGUAUUUAUGUGUAAGUUAAGUAAUUUCUUAUUUAAUAAAAUGCUUUCGCGCGUUGACUUUGAGCUGCUUACGGCCUUGAAUUUACUACUUGCUUUGCCAAAUUACUUGUAUUAAAC